AUGCUCGCCAUGGCUCCCCUCGGCGUGGGGCUCAGCCUUUUCUCUCUUCUGGGCCUGGCUGCCUCACGAGAUCGACCAGAUCCAUGUCUCGCUCCGGCGAAGGACUUCCCAGAUAAUAACUAUGUUGGCAUCGAGACUCAAGCCGACAUAGAGCUCAUCAUAAACUGCACAACAAUCACUUGGAGUCUUAUGAUCAUGUACAAUUCAAGCAUCCAAGGAACAAUUAGUCUGCCAAAUGUGGUCUCAUUGUACGGCUUCGACAUAAUAUGGGAUACGCCCGCCACUACGAUCUCGUUUCCGCGAUUGACCACAGUCACGAAGAAUCUCUGGCUCAAGACAAACACAAUUACAACUCUGGACAUCCCUCUUCUGUCUGACGUUGGAGAUUCCCUGAAUAUCAAUUUACCGGCUCUCAGCUCUUGGUCAGGAAUGGAAUCUCUACGAACAGUAUAUAGGUUCAUGAUCCCCUACCACAACAUCAGCUCGCUGAGCUUUCCGAAUCUCACAAGCGUAGUAGAGGCAUCGUUCAACUUCAGCUCUUCUGGAGGCUCACUCUAUCUCGGCGGGACAGCCAGCCCUGCAGUACUUGUCACAGGAAAUGAUGAUACCAAUUUCACCAGUGACCUCCAAAACAUGGGUACCACGAGAGUGAGAGGCUGUAACGUUACUCGCAUAAACGCCGUGAGCGCGAGCAGUCUUGAAAUCGCCGAGAAUUUGAAUUUGGAGGAGUUCCACGUCCCCAAUCUUGUUUCUCUCGGUCCUUAUGUCGAAGCAAUAACUUACCCAAGAGAGAGUUAUGCCGAGAUCUACGAGAUCAAAGAUGCUCCAGGGGCGUCCUAUCACGACGUUCUUCUCAUUGCAGGAAACCCUGGGUUGCAAUACUGGGGAUUCCCCAAUCUAAUAACCAUCCAUGGCACCUUCGAGCUCAUAAACAACGAUGGUCUGUUCUUAUUCGAGGGACUCCCCGUGGUUGAAACUGUCUCCGGAAAUAUCACCAUGGUUGGAAACAUGGGCUCGUAA